ACAAGUUUUGAGAGCAUUAAUAAAUUCAUCGUUGGGGUUUCAGUCGUUCAUAUAUGGAUAUACUGAAAACUGAGGCUUUUCUGAGGCUUUCUGCAGCUUUAGUCUUUGUCUUGGCAGCAUGUUUAGUUCGACUCGAUACUCAAACCAAGUUUAUCUUCUUCACUGAGAGAAAAAUUACGUUCAAGGAUUUGAAUGGUCUACAAGCUUUGGUUUAUGCUGCUUUUGUGGCUGCGGGGUAUAAUGUUCUUCAACUGAGUAGAUGCAUUUUCUUUGUAAGUUGCUUUCAUGGAAAUUUAUCAAAGAGGUCUUACAGAUAUCUUGCUUGGGUUGGUUACUUGUUGGACCAGGUAGUACUCUACCUUACAUUUGCGACUAACUCGGCAGCAGUUGAGCAAUCAAUGCUAGUAGUUACAGGCAUGAAGGAAUUUCAGUGGGCAAAAUGGUGCAACAAAUACACAAGAUUCUGCUUCCAAACAGGUGGAGCAAUUUGCUGCUGCUUUUUAGCUUGUUGUCUUAUGGCUUUUACAACCUUCGUCUCGGGCUUCAAUUUGUUUAGGCUCUAUUCGCCCAAGAAGUUCCUACGCUUAAAAAACACUUGAAGUCUUUUUAUAUACAAUAAAAUUAUACACAUCCAGUCUUGAGUAUCUAAUUAAUUACUUAGAUGAUGUGUCAUUAUGUGAUGAGAGAUUUAGAAUUAAAUAUAAAAUAACACUCAAUCAUCUGAGUAUAUAAUUAGAUACUCAUAACUGAAUACAUAUAAUAUUAUAUGCAAUAAGUUCGAUAUAACUUUAUAUUUCUAUUAAUUAUAAUGUAUUUAUUUUAUCAGAAACUUUAGGCAUUGAAGGAUAGUAAAGUUGGCCGAUUGAGCGCGGUUUGUUGUUUUAUGUACCAUACUAUAUUAAUUAUGUUCAUUGUUAAUAUAGAUUAAAUAAAUAAAUAAGUGGCUUGAGAUUUACAUGUUA